GGUUCAUUACACCGAUAAAAUCAAAGCAAGCCGGACAGGUAGCGAGACUGCCUAUGUAGACUAAAGAAUUUGCUGAAGGUCACGUAACCUGAGGCCAAGCUGGAUCUUGUGACUCCCAGUCUGGUGCUUUAAUCACGGGCCACUCCUGCUUUACAUGCUAGCUUCACCGAAAAUGUCUGGCAAAACGGCUAGCACAACCAACAACAUAGCCCAGGCCCGACGGACUGUCCAGCAGUUAAGAAUAGAAGCCUCAAUAGAAAGAAUAAAGGUGUCAAAAGCAUCAGCAGACCUAAUGCUCUACUGUGAAGAACACGCCAAGAAAGAUCCAUUGCUAAUGGGCAUACCCGCUUCCGAGAACCCUUUCAAGGACAAGAAGACCUGCAUUUUAUUAUAGGAGAGCAGCAGCUCCUCCACAGCCCUCCUGGGCAAAGCCAGCCACUGGCGGGCGCAUAGGCAAAUACUCUGUAAGGUACCAGCUAUUAACUGUGUAAGAGCGGCCGUUCUUUUACCAAGCGUAUAAACGUUUUCUUAAGCUUUCUAAAGCAUUUCUUCUGUUCCCUAUCUUUAUUAGGAAGCGAGGUUUCAAACUGAAUUAACUUCUUUCUUGUCCAAGGGAAUGGGGUCUUGGGUGUCGAGCCCACAAGCACUGUGCCAGCGUCCCUGCGGUGGGACAGGCAGGGUGAGCCCGGGGUCUUGUCCUCUGCAGGAGCGGGUCCCGGUUUCACUUUCCAAGUUAAUGCAAACAAGACCAAAGUUGCCUGAGCUUCGCUGACAGAGCCGAGGCAAAGGUGUAGAAACCUGAUUGAUUGAACAUCAUUUGGUUUACAUUUUUUUAAAUUAUAUAUGUGGGGAGGGAGGGUGUACCUGUGUUGGUAGCAUGUGUUUAUGCACAGGCACAUUUAGAAGUGCGUUAUCUAGCAAAAGCUACCUUGAAAAAUUAUUGUAGCAACUGCUGGUGAACUCCAGGGAGCCAUGCCUGCGUUCUUCCUUACGUUGGCUUCUCUUGACAGAGGUUUUUGAAGUGUAAAACCUGAGGUGUCAAGAAUCAGAGAUCUGCGGAUUUGUUUUCCUGCUUUUUAAGAGGAGUUGAAAAAGUUUCAGCUUUGAUUCUGCUUCUCUGAAUUGUCUUCUUUAAUUAAAAAUCCGUGCUAGUGUAAGGAAAAAAAAAAAACCCCUGUCAAAAGAAUCAAAGGCUACAAGCUAGUACUGCCCUAGCUUUGUGCUGAACUGGAGGCACCCAGUUGUAUUUUGUGCAGGGAGUCAGGAUUUGCCUCCCUUAAAUUAAUUUUUAAAGGGGAAAAAUGCCAAAUUAGAUCCAGAUUGUGGUUAUGCAGAUAUAA